GUAGGAGGUGGUUGUAAGGGACGAAGAGCGCGAGAUGGGUGCGACAGAGGAGGUGCGAAGCGUGGUUCCUACGUUGGAGAAAGCGCUGGAGAAUGCCGAGCUCGAAGCCAUCAGGACGAAGACAUGUAACUUAGACCAGGUGUUGGUGUUGUCCGCGACUGACUGCCAUCACCCGACUGUGGCCGCAGCGUGGCGAGACACCCUGCAGGUUUCGGGCGAAGCGGACAUUCUGUUCCCUUCUCGCAGGGUCGCAUCGCUCGUCGUCGAGAACUCCGUGGAUCCCCAAGCAGUGGGUCACGCGCUCGUGCUUGCGUCCUGCGGGGGGUUCAUCAAUUGUGUGCGCCGCCUUCGGGAUAUCAUGAGCGCCAACCACAGCCAUGGCAUGCUUGUGCCCCUAUUCAAUGCAUACGCGUUUCUGAAGGCUUGUGAAAACGGCCACCAGGAUGUUGUGCGGGAGCUCCUGCGGCCGAAGACCUCCGCGAGUACUGCUAUCAUGGGCUACAUUAUUGUGACGAGGUGGAAAGAGAAGGAUUCGUCUUCGUAUCCGUUCGUGAAGCAGACGCCCAACAUUCCCAACAAGGAGUGGGUAACCAAGCUCAUUUCCAGUAAGAAUAUGCUUCCUGCUGCAGCGCCCAUCCUCCGAGCUGGUGGUUGGGACCUGAAGGGUAUGCCGGGAGUUCCUGAGGAACUUCAUGACUGCAUCCGCGCUAGUUACAGUCUCUUCCUGCUUUGGCGUGCGGGAGUGGUCGCCGCCACAAGUUGUCAUGUCGAGGUGUUCAAGGUCCUUCUCCGGCAACGCGCGUUGGAGAAUACUAUGCUGGCAGAUUCCUUCCACGACACGUCAGUGCCGAAGAAGAGCUUCGAUCAUGACGGGAGGAGGAUCAUCAGCGAACGCGCGAGGAUGGACACGCUCAUGUACCAGCUGGUCGAAGAGUUGAGCACGAAGAACUAUAAUGACGGGAUCUUGUAUGCUUUGUGGGCUCACAUUCAGCGUGGGGGACGAGACUCUCCUCGCCCCGAGGUGAGCAGGCCACGGUGUGUUGCACAGGCGGCAAACGGCGUCUGGGAGAUGCAGUUGGAAGUGCCCCAGUUGAUGAUGCCCGUGGAGCAUGCCUUGCAGGAGGAAGAACCGCUCCGGCGCUACAAGCAGCUCACGCAGCUCUUCAGCCAACGCGCUAAGGUCAACAUUCAGCUCACUUCGACUAUUGAGUCUCUCCCCAAUUGCCUCCAGGUUGUGGUUGGAAUUAAGCACGUGAGGUUCAAGGUGGAGAACGCACGCUUCGACAAUGAGUGCAUGGGCCAUUUUCCGAGCAUGAUCACCUUGUCCGUGACGCCGAUGACGAAUGAGGGAACUGGAGUUACAAUGACGCACUCGUCUUCUAACAUCAUUGUGAAGAUUGGAAAAAUGGAGAGAAUACAGCUCGGAUCGAAUGCCGGUGACGGUGCCAAUCGAGGUUUGAGUGGCGGUAUUGGCGCGGCGGCCUCCGUUGGUGUGACGUCCACUAUGAAGAACAAGCCGUGGCGGUUCGAGCAGCUCCCAUUGAAGGAUGAGCGAGGGGGUAGCUUUGUGUGGACACUGCAAUCAAUGAAAGGUGUUCUAUUCGACCGGUCGAACCCCAUGCGCAUGGCAGAGCGGAACUCCAAGUGGAGGUUCGGGCGAAGGAUGCCCAGCAACCCCCUGGACGAGCUUCCCUUUACAAGCGAGGGUGGUGUCAUCUUCACCAGCGCCGAGUUCGACGACACCAUGAUGUGGCGCUUCCCGAAGCACAUGGAGGGGUGCAAGAUGCGUUGGAGCAUUGAAGGUCAAAUACACUCCACUUUCACUACCACCCGCUACUUCGAGACGCGGAUGGCUACCUUUUGUGGCGACAUCGAGGAGCCGCUCAAGCCCCUCGAGGUGAAGGACAAGAAUGGGAUACCUAAGAAUAAGAUAGGGGAGAAGGGGGAGAAACCUCCUAAGGCUGAUAAGGGUGAGGAGAAACCUCCAAAGAAUGACAAGCAAGACAAAGGUGACCAUAAGUCAAAGCAAGACAAGGACAAUAGCAAGGAAUCGUCACCUGAAACCUUACCGACCAUCAAUCCAACGCUCUAUACCACUGACGCUGAGUACCUAGAGUUUCUGGAAUUCAAGAGGUUCAGGGAGGGAAUGAGGAACAAAACUGUGAAUGCAAAGUGGACCGACGAGCUUGGGAAAUCCAAGGAGAUCGUGGGUUUUGUCGUGCCAGAGCUGGACCAAUUUGGCAACCAAGAUGCGAUUGAGAUAUAACCCCGGCGGCGAUCGGCGUUCAGUCAUGGGCGUGGGGCAGAUCACACUUCAGAUGAGAGUGCGUCAGACACCGCUGACGACGAAUACUUCGACAGUGGGGACACUACCUCCCGGGUUGAGAGUGCGGAGGCUCCACGAAGAUUGAUAACAGGGUUGUCGGUGAGGACUCGCACCGGAACGUCGGCAGACGUCGGCAGAUGAUCCACCACUCCACUCCAUCUGCGACCGUCUUUCGCGUGUAUAUGUGUAGAGUAUGUCAGGAGAGCAGCAGCAGCUGCAGCCAUGAUGUCCAUCUCGAAGCCAUUUGUUGGACAAUUCUAACGACUCGGGAAGCUAGCAACAGGACCCUGUAUUAUCCAUUUUGCCGUGGUCUUCGCGUUCGGACUCUUGUGUCUAGUCCGUGGCCCUCGAUGCCGAAUCCCUGGCCACCGACAGACGUAGCUGAUUCUAGACACGCAUUCGAUGUGUCCUCGUUUAUUUGUUUCAACUAUCAGAAGUGAGCGGAACCACUCCAGGCAGUGUCGAUCUCUGGGUCGCUUUAAUGUUCCUUGACUCAUUCUUUAGUCCUUUUGAUGCAAUGCUCCCUUCCAAACCUGUUCAUAUUCAUCAAUUUAUAUCCACCAUCUUUGAGGUUUCGACCAAUGGUGGGUGUCCUGGUUUCCUCUUUUGCUUCAAA